AGUACAAGAAUUGGAAAAAUUCCAAAAAUUAUUUCAUUAAUAAUAUCUAAAGACACCGUUUAAUAAAAAAUUCAACACGAAAAUGGCGUUAGAUCUAUGCCGAGAUAAUGAACUCAAAAAACCAAAAAAAACUUAUGACGAAAUAAUGAAGGACAUCGUGACUAAAGAAUUUCCAUUAGAUCCAUUGCAAUUAAUCGGGGAAAAGAGUUUCGAUGAUCCUACUACACUUGUGGAUUUUGAAAAUCAGGAAGGAUCAAAUGUACAGGAAUUUUACAAAAAUGCUACCAUUUUCAUUACUGGAGGAACUGGAUUCAUGGGGAAAAUGUUGAUUGAAAAACUCAGCAGAACAUGUCCACAGCUCAAGCACAUCUACUUGUUGAUUAGGAACAAAAAAGGAAAAGCUGUUAAUGAACGUAUCGAUGCAAUAUUUGAAGAUAGGUUGUUUAAGAGAAUAAAACAUGAGAGGCCGAAGUUUUACCACAAGAUAUCUGCGAUUGCCGGAGAUAUAUCCUUGCCAGGGUUAGGUAUAUCUCCAAGCGACCGACAGCUGUUAGCCGAACAAGUGAAUAUUGUAUUCCACGCAGCAGCUACGAUCAGAUUCGAUGAACACAUACGCACUGCAAUCGAUAUCAAUGUUCUCGGUACAAGGGAAAUCAUCAAACUAUCUAAAGAAAUGACUAGGCUAAAGGCAUGUAUGUAUGUGUCGACUGCAUAUGCUAAUUGUGCGUUUGAUAAAAUCGAUGAGAAAUUUUACGAAGCGCCUUUUAGUUAUGACGGAGUAAUAUCUUUGGUGGCUUCGACCAAUGAUGAUAAGAAAUUAGAAAAUAUUACACCCAGCUUAUUAUCUGGUUGGCCUAAUACAUAUACGUUCACAAAAUCUUUAGCUGAAGAUUUAGUUAAAAACGAAUCAGCUGGGUUACCUAUUGGAAUAUUCAGACCAUCAGUUGUCAUUUCGACUUAUAAUGAACCUGUUCGUGGUUGGAUUGACAACGUUUAUGGGCCCAUUGGAAUGAUAGUAGGAGUCGGCACCGGAGUGCUACACACGCAUCACUGUGAUGUUACUAAAAUUAUAGAUUUAGUUCCUGUAGACUUGGUUGUUAAUGCACUGAUAUGCUCGGCGUAUAAAGUCAGCAAAAUUACACCAGCAAUUGAAAAAAAUCCACCUAUUUUCAACUAUGUUAGUUCUAAGCAGAAUCCAAUUAUCCUGGAGAAAUUCUUCACAACCGUCAAGGAGUACGGUCUGCCCAACUGGCCUACUAUCAAUGCAAUUUGGUACUACUCUUUCGUGCCCACCAGUAACCCAUAUUUGUAUUCCCUAUUGUUCUUAUUAUUACACACGAUCCCUGGGUACUUUAUUGACUUUUUGGCCCAGAUGACCGGCAAGAAGCCAAUGCUUACCAAAAUCUACAAGAAAAUUAAAAAAGCCAACGCUGCACUAUCAUUCUUUGCAAAUAAACAAUGGGACUUCAAUGAUGAUAACACUAGGAGUCUAUGGAAUGAAAUGUCAGAGGCCGAUCAAAAAUUAUUCUUUUUUGACAUAAAAGAAAUGUCAUGGGAUUAUUACGCACGGGCUUGUGCCAUUGGUCUGCGUUUAUAUUUGGUGAAAGAUGACUUGCAUACGUUAAAGAACGCGCGAAUCAAGUGGGAAAGAUUGCGCAAAGCACACAUACUACUAAAAACAAUAUUCGCAUUAGUAUGCAUACGAAUUUGCUGGUAUAUCGUCGAACAAUGCUUUUAUUAGUCCUAUAAUUAUUAACAAAAGUUAAAUAUGAUGUAUUAAUGUAUAUUCGACAAUAUUAUGUAAUAAUUUAUGAUGCACAAAUCGUUAUAUCAUAAAUUAAAUACAGUAUUUUAAGGCAUGUAUACGGCCCGUAACAUUAGAUCGUCAGUCACAUAUUUAUUUCGUUGUUAUUAAAAGAUAUAACAAAACUAUCAAAGACUGAACAAAUAUUUUAUUAUUAUUACUAACCAAUUUAAAUUAAAAUAAAAUAAUUA